AAUGUCCUCUCAGCGCGCAGAUCUAGCGUGCCGGAUCUUCCCGGAACCCGAUGCAUCCCAAAUCGACCACUUCGACCGCCUCCCGGACUCCCUCCUCCUCCUCGUCUUCAACAAGAUCGGCGACGUAAAAGCCCUAGGCCGCUGCUGCGUCGUUUCUCGCCGCUUCCACUCCCUCGUCCCCCAGGUCGAAAACGUCGUCGUCCGCGUCGACUGCGUCAUCUCCGACGACGACUCUUCUUCCUCCUCCGCCGCCUCCGACAAGUCCCGCGGCCCUUUCUGGAACCUCCUCCGCCUCGUCUUCGGCGGAAUCGUUAAGCCCAUCCAAACCCUCGGCCAGUUUCUCGGCCCCAAACGCCCAUCCUCUUCCUCCCCCACCCCAUCCUCCUCCAUUGCCGUCGGCACCGAUGAUGACUCAGACGCCGGCGUCACGCACCACUCCCCCACUCAGGUCCUCAAAAACUUCAACGAGAUUCGCCUCCUCCGGAUCGAGCUCCCCAGCGGUGAGCUUGGCAUCGAAGACGGUGUCCUCCUUAAAUGGUGUACUGUAUGUCCCAUCGGUCAAUCGGCCAAAGCCAAUCCUCAGGCCCAUUGGUCAAGGUUGGAAAAACUCGUACAUAAAACACCAUCGGUCGAACGACCUGGUAAAUAAAUUGCGUAGGUCCAUUCCGACGGCAAGAGCCGCCGCUCGCCCUUGCCAACUACUGCUGGUAGUGCGGUACCUGAGCCCUAAGCUGCCAGUCGCCACUUUAAUAGGUCUCAAAUUCAGUCCUUCGAAAUCAAGUUCGUGCGUGAAGCACGAAUUUUCAACUAGAAAUUUGAGAAGCUCAAACCCGCUGCCGAGGAGGUCGAGCACGUGGUGGCGCUAAUGCUUCCCCUGUGAAGGCCUAACCCCAAGUUUCAAUCCGGGGAUUAUUCUGCAAGUGGUUCUUACUUCAAUUAAGGAUUGCGGCUUAAAUUGAUUUUUUUGGGUCUUCUCAGCCAAAAUUGGAGAUGCUACCAUCAUCCACUGUUCUGUCUCUCGCCGGUGCUGGCACCGUACUGACGGUGAUUUUUUCCGGCGAAUUGGGUCAUCUCAAAGCCAAGUGUUCUCCCAGACCCAGAAAGGUUUUCAGCCGUUGGUGCAUAAAGGAGCUUUAUUUACAGCAACACUCCAUCAAUGGUUUCAAGUCCAAGAAGCAAAACUCACUUUCAAGCUUCGCAUUCGGUAAAAAAGCCGAAGACAGCUUUUUCUCGGAUGUAAAUGAAGACACAGAUGACAUGUAUGAAGAUUUAAUUAAUAAUUAUGGAAAAGUGGUAUUUAGUAGAAAAGACAAAAAGCCUGCUAGCGCAGAGAUUGAUGAUGAUGCUGAAAGCCUGUCAUUUGCUAUGGAAUUGGCUUCGGUUGCAAGCGAGGUUAAGGCAGCAGAUAUAAAGGUCUUGUUUGUGAAGCCACUUGUUUACUGGACCCGAUUUUUUAUCAUAGCUACAGCAUUUUCCCGUCCGCAGAUUGAUGCUAUCGGGUCCAGGAUGAGAGAUCGAGCUGAGAAAAAAUAUGGAAAAAUUCCAACAGGAGAUACAAAGCCCAACUCAUGGACCCUGUUGGACUUCGGUGAUGUUGUUGUACACAUCUUCCUUCCCUCACAGAGAACUUUCUACAAUUUGGAAGAGUUUUAUGGUAAUGCAACACCGGUAGAGCUUCCUUUUGAGAAUCAACCACCAUUUCGUAGUUGACAGCUCCUUUUAUUUGCCAGUUGUUGUAAAAACUCAAGAUGAUCAAGACAUUUAUAAUGACCAGCUUUGGUUUGUUUACGUGAGUAUGAUGUAGGCUUCCAAUGUCCUUAUUAGCAGGAGUGGAGAAUCAGUCAAUGGGGAAGCGAAAAGGCACAAUUUCACUGCAUUUAGAAGUCUUUUUUUUCUGAAUUUUUACAUUAGUGGUAAUUCCUCUGAAAAAUCUUUACCAAAUGGGAAUAGAGACAAAUUGUUGAAGUCUGUCUUGAAAUUCGAUAUCUGUUAGUUUGAAUUAGGUGGGUUUUGUAAAGAAAUUUAUUCUUUUUCUUCCAUAUUUAAAACAGGAGAAAGAGAACAAGAAAAUGAUGAUUCAAAGGAAACUUUUGCUCU